AUGGUGAUUAAUCAAUUCCUCAACGAAGACAUUAGUCUUGAGAUUGCCGAGUACCUAGAACUCGAAGACCUCAUUAGCAUGUCCAAGGCGAGUUCUCGAACCUGUAGAAUUUGGUAUGGUGUCUCGCGGCAGUAUGGGCGUUUCUGGACCAAUGCUGUGAAAGCCAUUCCACGCACUCAUUAUCCACGACUCGUAACUCUAUCGGAGCCAGGACCGGAGGAGAUUCGAAAGGCGGCUAUUCGAACGGCGAACUCUCGUCGCGCAUGGUGUAGCGCUGAGGAAGUGCGACCCAGGGCUGUCUUCCGCUUACACGAGAAACUUGAGGCAACACACUUUGUGCGAGGGACGAAAUGGAUGCUAGCCUUGCCAGCGAGGUGGAGCGAGAAAAUCCCACCAAGUCAUUGGAUUGUGUCAGUCAAGUGCUAUGAUAUCACGACUGGUCUUUUAGCGGGAAGCUUUAAUAUGGCUGUUCAUACGAUAGAUCGGGCAUACGCGCCGUCAUGGCAUACAAGCGUUGCCGUGUCCGCUACGGAGAUCAUCGUUGGCCUUGAGCGGUACUGCAAAUGGAGUCAAUCCGUUGAAUACUAUCUACAACGGAUUCGAUUGUCCCACUCGUCCGAGACCGACGAGAUCAUAUUCACAGCUGAGCCAAUAUUGCAAGUGACUGAGGGAUAUUGCGAUGUGGGUAUCUCCCACGAUGGAAAGUUCUUCGCACUUCAUCGUGGUGAUGAUACGAUCAUAUACAGAACAGAUGGUGCAACAGGCCAAGUGGAGUUCUGCACAGACACGUCCGAUAAUGAGAAAUAUAUCUCCUUCCAUGGGGAUACGCUAGUGGUCAUGGAGGAGAAGACACUCAACAUCGUCGGCUUACACCUCCCUUCCCUGCUCAAAGACUGGCCCGAAAGGCAUGAGUACAUUUUCUUAACGAUUACAGGUUGUAGCAUUGGCGCCUCUGAAGGGGAUCAUACUCUUGUCCGUCGCGGCCUUGACUUGGGCAGUUCUUUUGAGACGGCUAUUCUCGACUCUGUGGAUCACUUCAAGGAACGAGUGACUGAUGCCAGUCACUUGGAUGUUGCGUACAUGAAGGACGACCGUUGUUUCGUCCUUCCCGUCAGGAUAGGCGAUCCUGAUCUCGACGCAGACACUGACGACUGGGAGCCCCUUGUCGCGUUGGGUCUGAGAGAAUAUAUUGACUACUCGCACUGCCUUCAGCAGAUUGUGCCAGCAGGAGUGGAGACAGAAGUGGCAAGGCUCCCAAAGAAAGCUAAGCUUAUUCUCCCAGAGGGACAUCCUUGUCAGCGAACGCUUGCUUGGUCUGAUGAGGAUCCAAACACAAAAUUAAAGAAGCACUCGAUGCAUGUCAUUGGUGUAGACAAACCGGGAACGGUCAAAUCGCUCAUCGUGCAUCCAAACUUCAAAGACAUGAAUCAUGCGACGAUUAGAUGGAUCGACGAAGCUUCUGGGCUAAUUGUAAUGUGUGACGAACGAAAGGAUGUCGUGGGUGCAUCCAUACUUGUAGUAUGGGUUUGA